AUACAGACCUGGAUACAGGCACUCCGGAUACAGGAUACAGCCUGGAUACAGACCAGGUAUGCUUUAAUGUACUACGUUUGGACACACCUACUCAGUCAAGGAUCUUUAUUUUCAGACGGAAGGCUGGCAGCAGCGACAACCAGCUGGAUGCAGGCACGGGUCUUGGCAGAGGAGCCUGGUGGCGUGGUAACUUCCACUUUCGCUCUGAGCAGGUUUUAGUAUAUAUUUAUCAGUGACUAAUUCAUUCAAAUACUUUAUGACCAAUAUUGAGUCAGUUCCGUGAUCCCGCCACCCAGACCGAAAUGAAAGUGUAAUUUCCCGCGUGGGUGGUUACACAGAAUUUGAAACGAUCUUCCCCAUUUGCGCUUUCCAUUUCGUAAUGCGCGAAACUUCAAUUCGUCAUUAUAAUCAUCUAAUUUCUCAGUCUUCAUGCAACAGACCUCGCUGUGUCCUUCUCUAAAAGAGACUCCUGACGAGUUCUAUGGCUAACGGACAGUUAUAUCAGAUGAUCAGCAGGAUAUGUGAGGCCCUGAGCUCAGGUGAGUGCAGGAGGCUCCUGUACCUGUGUGGAUCCCUGGACUCUGACAGCUGUGGCUCUGAUAACGUGAGAGAGGUGUUAACUUCCUGGCUGAGCUUAGGACAGGUGGAUCAGCUGUACCUGGUGGAACUUCUGUUCCGACUGAGACGCUUUGAUCUCCUGAAGAAAGUGUUUCACAUUAGUAAACAGGAAGUGGAGGGGAUUCUGGGACAGAACCGAGCUUUGUCAGAGUACAGAGUGUUGAUGUCUGAUGUGAGUGAAGACAUGGGGACAGAAGACCUGGAAUCGCUCAAGUUUCUGCUGAGUGGUUCUUUAUCCAGAGAGAGGCUGACCAGAGUCAAGAGUUUCCUGGAUGUCAUAGUUGAACUGGAGAAGCUGGACAGAGUGUCUUCUGAAAGGGUGGAGCUGAUAGAACAAUGUCUGACGGACAUCAGCAGGGUUGACCUGGCCAAGAAGGUCAAAGGGUUCCGGAACCUGACAUCAGUUGUAACACCACAACAUAGACCAGUGGUGAUGACUCAGCUGGCCCAGCAGCAGUGGAUCAGGACUCCAUCCAACCCCAUGCCCACUGCCUCCCCUGUAUCACGCCAUUCAAGACAAGAGCAGUCCACACAGAACAAUCCAGAGAACGAAAACAUUGCAGAGCCUGAAGAAAAAAGACUAUUCUACAAGAGCCCACUGGAUGUUUACAGUCUCCAGUCAGACCCACGGGGUGAAUGUCUCAUCAUCGACUGUGUUGGCAGUGAUGGAGCCAUGCUGGAGGAGAUGUUCAACGGGCUCCACUUCAAGGUGACCCUGGUUAAGUGUCCGAGUGUGGGGGAUACCCUGUCUCUUCUCAGGCAGGCUGCCCAACCGAGGGAGAACCAGGAAGUUGAUGCCUUCGCCUGCUGCAUCAUCAGCCGUGGUACUGCUACCGACCUGCUGGCUACAGACUCCCACAGGCUCGGGGUGCGUCUUGACACCGUCCGACACCUCUUCAUCCCUGACUACUGCCCCAGGCUGGCUGGCAAGCCCAAGCUGUUCUUCAUCCAGACCUAUAGUGUGUCAGGCCCCCAGGGCUGCUCCUCCAGGCCCACGGGUCACCCUGCUCACAGGGAGGAGGAUCUGGAGACAGACGGGUAUGGGGAACCUCUCAGUGUGGAGUCAGUCCCCACUGACGCAGAUGUCUUCUGGAGCCACUGUUGGACAGAUGAGGGUCAGCUGGAGGAGAAGGACCAUCGGUCGGUGUACCUGCAGGCCCUGAGAGGAGCAGUUCUGACAGGACAGAGGAGGAGAACCCAUCUUGUGGAUGUCCAUACAGAGAUAAACGGGGUGAUCUUCGACCACAACAGAAGGAAUCCAGGAGCCAGAUACAACAUUAAUCUGAGACACACACUCAGGAAAAAUCUCUACAUGUUAUAGGAGACAGAAUAUAGUUUGCUCUACUGUAUAACCACUGAGCUGAGGAACCACUGAGGACUACAUUAUAUUAUACAGUAUACAACAGCACCCUCUACUGGCAGCUUUGAUAACCACAACAGCACCCUCUACUGGCAGCUUUGAUAACCACACCAGCACCCUCUACUGGCAGCUUUGAUAACCACAACAGCACCCUCUACUGGCAGCUUUGAUAACCACAACAGCACCCUCUACUGGCAGCUUUGAUAACCACAACAGCACCCUCUACUGGCAGCUUUGAUAACCACAACAGCACCCUCUACUGGCAGCUUUGAUAACCACAACAGCACCUUCUACUGGCAGCUUUGAUAACCACAACAGCACCCUCUACUGGCAGCUUUGAUAACCACAACAGCACCCUCUACUGGUGACAACUGUCUUGCAUCACAGAGCAGCUAGCGAGGAAGUGUACUAAAAACACAUUCAGUAUUUUUCACUAUGUAUUUAUUCAAGACAUGUUUUUCUUUUAACUGAAGGAUUUUAGAAAAUAAUGUGAAUUCAGAUCUGUGCAUUUUUAAAUGUAGCCAAGCCUGAUAAGUAGUAAUAAAACAUAGACCUAAAA